UGUUGGCGGCGUCAUGUCCACACCGCCGGAUGUUAUCCUGGAAGUGGGUCCGGCGCCAAACAGCGUCCGCUUCGUGGCGCACGCCCUCGUCCUGGGCAUGCACAGCGGCUACUUGCGCUCGGCCAUUCGCAUGGACGAGGCAACGGCAACGGCGGCAGCAGCUGCCGCGGCAGCGGCCACAGCCAAUGCCAAUACGGCAGCAACUGUUGCUGCUGCGGCGGCAGCAGCAGCGGCUGCCGUUGCCGCUGCCGCAGCAGGAGGCGAAUUGCUGCUCUACUUGAGCAACGUGACGGCCGAGCAGUUCGCCCCGCUGCUCACCUACAUGUACACGGGCUACUUGGACCUCAACGUGGACAACAUAUUCGCCGUGCUGCUGGCCACGCACGUGCUGCACAUGCCGCGCGCCCUGGAGAUCUGUCGUUCGUUCUUGGCACGCGCCCAAACGGAGGGCUACCUCAGCGGCAGCCCGGCCAAUCCGCAUCAGCUGCAGCUGGCUGCUGCCUCAGCUGCUGCUGCCGGCGGUGGCGCCUCCAAGAUCAUACGACCCAUUGCCAGCAAAGCGACUCUGCCGAAUUUCGGAUUCUUGCCGGCGCCAGCAUUGCCGCCACCGCCGCCGCCGCCGCCAGCACCAGCGCCAACAAUUGCUGCCGCAGCCAGCUACUUGCAGCAGCCGUUGGAGACGGAACAAAUGCAGCUGCAGCUGCAGCCAGCUGAGCCCUUGACGCUGCAGCAGCCCGACGAGGAGGAGGAGGAGGAGGAUGUCGAGGUGUUCAUCGACAGCAACACGGCCACGGACAAUGAGCUCGACACGGAGGACUGCAACGUGUCGGUGGUGAGCAGCCUGGCCAGCAGCAGCGCGGCCAGCAGCCUGAACAUUGAGCGCGUCGAUGCCAGAACAAAGCAGCCGACGCCAACGCCAACGCCGACGCCGACGCCGGCGUCACCACCGCCGCCACCAACAGCAACUGCAGCAGAAGCAACAAUUGCUGUUACAACGGGCGCGCACAAGCAGCGACGCGGCAACAACAACAGCAGCAACAACUCGCGCAAAAGUCAAAGCAAACGCAGCAGCAACUGCAACAACAGCAGCAGCAGCAGCAACAGCAACAACAACAGCAACAAUCGAUUGCCGGUAGCCAAGGCAACGUUGCCUGCAUCGGUGCAGCUGGAGACAGCAACACAAGCAUCAAAGUUCAUCAUCGAUGUGGCCAGCUGCGAUGGGCCCGUGCGCUUUCGGCGCAUACUGAAUACGGCGUACGGCCACAAGCCGGACAGCAGCUUCGUGGCGGGCGAGCAGCAGCGGACGCAGCAGAGCGUCAGCUACUCGUUUCAUCAGCAAAUGGCGCGCGCCAUUAGCAGCCAGCAGCGACAGCAGCAGCAGGAGGAGAACGAGAACAGCAGCGAUGCAACAGCAGCAGCAACUGCCGCAGCAACAGCAACGGCCAGCGCAACUGCAACAGCAACUGCUGCGGCCACUAAUCAGCGCAAGCAAACGCAUGCUGAGUUGUUCGUCUGCGUCUACUGCAAACACACAUUCAAGUCGCAAUAUUGCUAUCAGAAGCAUGCCAAGCGCCACUUGAAUCCGCUCAGCUUGGACAAGAAGCUAGCGGAGACGCCGGACAGCGGCAGCGGCAACGAAUUGAUUUGCCUAACAGCAGCAACAACAACUGCUACAGCAGCAGCGGCAGCGGCAGCAACGCCCACAGCUACAGCUGCAGCGGCUGCAACAGUUGCUGAUGGCAAUCUGGCUGCAGCAGCGCUGCUGCGCCGCGAGGUGCGUCCCCUGGACAUGAAUGUGCAGUAUUAUCCGUGCAAGACGUGCGGCAGCAAGUUCCCGAGCUAUUAUUUUGUGCACAAGCAUCGCAAGCUGUGCCAUGCCGAUGAGCUCGAGAACAACAACAGCAACAACAACAACAAUAAUAAUAGCAGCAACACCAACAACAAUUUGACUAGCAACAACAGCAACAGCAGCAACAGCAACAGCAGUGGCAACACCAAACGUGAAGCAACAACAGUGGCCAGCUCCUUGGAGGCAACGAACUAAUCUAAUCAAAACGCAUAUCGAUAAAUUAUCGAAUUUAGCACGCGCACACACACACACACGCACAUACAAUUUUUUUUUUGUGAAUUGCUCUAAAGUUUGAAUAAAUAAAAGUUAAAUAUACAAAAGAAAAUUGUGAACAAUCGAUAACUGAUUCAAUGGCAUAUCGAUAAAUAGGAAACGCACGCCAUAUCAAGUGUAGUCCAUAAAUGUUUAGUGCUUUCAACACUUUUACUAAGAAUCGAAACAAUUAGAAGUUUUAUCGAUAGUACACUUUAUCGAUAAAUACAUCAACGUGUAAGCUAAUGCAACAUAUUUGCAACAAAUCAAUUGUAUUGAUGAUAUAGCUGUAGAAAACAACCACUAUAACAUUUGCAUUGUUAUCGAUAAGUGCAAUUAUCGAUCGACCCUGGUAUCGAGCGCAACAAUUGUGAUUUCCUAUAAUCAAAUCAAGUUUCUACUACUAUACAUAGAACUAUGUAUUUGCUAUCGGUAAUACUUAUCGAUGAGACUAAUCGAUUGCUGUCAAUCAAACUGAUUAAUUGAAAGUUGAGCACAGUUCGAACGCUUCGUCUCCUUCCCUGAAUGCGAGCACUCCUCGGGCGUGCCGCAACCCUUCAGCUUGCCUCGUGCUACUUGCUUCUCGCUUCUCGCUCUUUUGUGGCAAAGAUGGCGUCGGUUAACGCAAACAAACGUUGCGGCAAUUUAAUAAUUAAAUUAAAUCACUUGCAUAAUAAAAAAGACGUUUACAAAAAUUUUAAUUUAAUUGCGUUUAAUUAACUCGCCAGGGAGAUGACAGACAACAAACGUUCAUGUGGAGGCAACGGAAGGAGAGAGAGAAGAAAA